AUGUGUACAUCUCAUUCAACUGAUAAUAAUAAUAAUAAUAAUAAUAAUAAUAAUAAUAAUAAUAAUAAUAAUAAUAAUAAUAAUAAUAAUAAUAAUAAUAAUAAUAAUAAUAAUAAUAGUAAUAAUAUGUACAAUUUGGUUUCAGUGUGUACUUUUUUUAAAAAAAAAAGUCUUAAUAAAACUGAUAUGGUUACUAUCAUUAAUAAGUUAAUUAGUUCAUGAAAGAAACUUUCUGUACUUCUGAUCUAUACUGUCUUUCAUUUUUCAUUAUAUGUUUGUAUAUGUGUUUAUUUCUUUCCCAAUUUGUUUAUUUUAUUACUUUUUAGCAUUCCUUAAAACACUUAUUUCUGUUUAUUUAAUUUUCUCUGAGAUUUAUUAUUAUCACCGGUUCACUGAGAGAAAGAGAGGAAAGUCCAUAUCUUCAGCUCAUUCCCAAUAGUUUAUUUUUUAGUUAAAACACAGAAUCAUGAUUAUAAUAAAAGUAUAUGCGUUGACUAGUUUGCCUCACUAUGUAUAUGGAUAUACAUUUACAUGUGUGUAGUAUGUACAAUAGUGAAAAAUGAGUGUUGAUUAAUUCUUCGUUCUGUUCCAUCACUGCUGAUAUCUUGUAAAAUAUCUUCUUACAAAAUUUCUACUUUAUAUAUGCCAAGAUUGUUAACUAAGAGUUUUAUGAACCACCAAUCUGAACAGAAAUACUAUAAUCCUCAUUGUUCCCUUUCAUUUGUUCAUUUCUUUGUAAACAAAAAAAGAAAAGAAAAACAAUCUCCCAUUAUCAUUAUCAACAAUAACAGUGAUCUCUGAACUAAUGUAGAGAAGAUUAAAGAAAGUGUAACAUUUUGUCCAAUCUAAUAUUAAUUAGGUUUAUCAUAAUUUUCUGUAUCAACAUUCAGUUGACCAUAAUUUCUCACAGUAACUCACUUCUUUCUUUUUCUCUUUUCAUACUUGACAUCAUCACAAUUAAACAAAUAAAAUUAUUGAUUAUGUAAAUUACUACUACAAUUACUAUUAUGACUUCUAUUGCAUAACAGCUACUUAUUCAGUGUUUUCUCACUCCUCACUUUUACCAUCGACAUAACCUCCUCCUUCGUCAUUACACUUUCUGAUUGUUUAUUGCUUUUCUGAAUGAAAAGGAAAUGAUUACGAGAUGAUAUUUCUCUUAUUGUUGUUUAUUGGUGUAGUAUGUAGUUUUGUUUAUCAGUCUGCGUUUUUCACCUCUUUUUUCUUCGUUUUCUCAAAAUAACUACUACGGAAAUAAUUAAAAAUCAUCAUUCUUUUAUAACAAUAAUUGGAAGACAGUCAAUAUUGCCUAUUUUUCUUCAAAACUGCCAUCUGAAAAAUACUGUAAUUCGAGCUACAUUCAUUAAAUAUUAUUGAUUUACUUCACCUCUCGAUUUUUAAUAUUACUGAGCUCUUCUAAAAACACAACUGAUGUUGCUUGUAUUCUUAUCACUGUUGUUGUCUUGUGACCGUCUUUGUGAUUCCUACUAUAUUUCAUUCUUCCCCAGAGAUGUUUACCUGUAUAUUUCUUUAUUUCUACAAAUCUACUUCUUCCACGUUUACAUGCUAAUUUUUUUCUUUUGUUUACUAUAUAUAUAUAUAUAUCCACGUCCGUAGCUACGUUAUCAUAUGGACAUUAACUCUAACAAUAGUGGACUAAAUAUGUGUAAAUUAGACAGGCAAUUCACAUUCUCUUUCCUAACCUUCCCCCUGUCCACAGUUUACUGUUUUCGCUACUUCAGUUUUUUUAUCACUUACCUUUAUUAUGACUACAAUUAUUAUUGUGUCAACCCUACGGAAAUCUUUUUCAGACCUAGUUAUGCAUAUACAUAUUGUACUUGUUGAGUACGUGUACAGUAUACAUAUAUAUGUUUCUUGUGUGUAUAUGUGUAUGUAUGUAUGUUUGUGUGUGUAUGUGCGAGUCGCACUACAAUUUUUAAAAUUAUCACUUAAAUAAAUAUGUCAAAUAAUUUAAGUGUAAUUAUGAAUGUAACAAUUGAACAAACAAGAUAGAUAUGACUUUAUUCUGAAAAUAUGCGCUGAUCGUACUCGUAUGAUCCAUUUUCUUUCUUUUUUUUGUGAAUAAGAACCUUACACAAGCCAUCAUUAACAAAACAAUUUUCACAAUAACGGUUAGUGCUGCUAUGUUUUUUUCUAAAAAACUUACACAUAAAUGAACAAAUAAUAAUAAUAAUAGUUGAUAUUUUGGAUUUAUAGUCUUCUACUCUUUUCUAUUCGGCAUUUUUUGGAGUCAAGUUUAACUUUUUAAAGUAGAUAGUAUUAAGAAACUAAUUUGUUGAUGUUUAUUACUGUAAUCUAUCAAAGUGACGAGAUUUUUGUUCAGCUACUUAUAAGUAGUAGUAUUAGUUCUCGGAAGUAAUCUCCGUAUUUUCGUCAUAUGUUUAUCAUUUUGAUCCAACAAUGUGUAUAGACUUAAAAUAAACUGAGCCAAAAUGUAGUCUGAUAUAGUAAAAAAAUAGUGAAA